AUGAAUUUAAUCCCUAACGAGCGUCGGGCUAUAGAGCAGUUAAGAGAGGUCAGUGAAUUAGAACCUACUCUGUUGAAUUGGGGGAAAGAAAUAAGACUCUUCAAUAGGAAUCCCAACAGAAAACGAAAGUCAACCACCAGAGAUGGGGAACUGAGAUCGCGUUUGCCUCAAUUGAACAAGGUUCCUUUGAGAAUGCCCCUUCAAGAAAUCUCAUUGAAUAAAGAGAUUUCUACUCCGAAUUAAUCGUAUUUGCCUCCCUUGAUCAAACCAGUCAAACCGCAUACUGCAAAACCUAAUUAUAAUGGCAUCGUCCUUGGUGUCAACUUUGCACACUUCGAAAGACGGAUAUUAAGUAAAAUCAAUUAACCAUGA